CCCGUUGGAGGUGGGCGGUGGCGGUGCCCAGCCCUUGAUGCCCAACCGUGUCUGUGUUGCUUAUUUCACUGGUCCUCACUCCCCCCACGGGCUGCGCCUCAGUUUCAUGCGAAGGGGGUGGAAUUACCCAUCUGGCUCUGGUGCUUAAUUAUCGUCUGUUUACUAUCACAUUAGAUAGGUACUUUCAAAAUCCGUGGUUCAUUCAUGCUGGACAUCCAUUCCCAACCCUCAGUUCAAACUUCAAACUGCCCCGUCGCCCUUGAUAUUCACGAGAACAUCGGGCCUGCCAGAGGAACGCGUCCCAGCCCAGGGUGCCGAAAUGCCACUUGCACCCGUGGCCUCGCCGGUGGCGAGGCAGACGGUACAUACGGCGUUUGAGGAGCUCAAUCGGACAAUCACCCCCCAGGAUUCGCGUGACUUUCAUAAGACAACACUCCAGGACGUGAGGGAAGCCGCUCUCAACAUCGAGGUCCAGCUUGCCUCACGGCAAUGUUUGCGCAACAUGCGCCGACUGAUGCCUCUCUUUGAAGGAUUAGAGCAUUAUGGGAAGAUCAUGAGUGUUCUCUGCAACGGCACCCCCUUUCUCCCAUGGGUCUGGGCGCCCAUCACACUUAUUUUGAGGGUUGCUUGCGAACAUGUUGAGGCUUUCGAGCAGAUCAUGAAGGGAUACGCGAGAAUUGCAUCGGCUUUGAAGAGGUUUGAAAUUCUGGACCAAGCAUUUUCCCGUGACGCCGAUUUCCAAAACGCCAUGGCCGUCUUCUAUGCCGAUAUACUCGAAUUCCACAAACACGCGUACAAGUUUGUGCGACGAAACGGCUGGAAAUUGCUCUUUCUCACAUCCUGGGGACGGUUCCAGCGCCGGUUCGACAAUAUAUUGGAGGAUAUGGAGCGCCACGAAACUCUGAUCGACUUGGAAGCAAACGCCCGUGACAUAGCAGAAGGACGCCAGCUGCGCCAAGAUAUCAGACUCUGGAGAGAGGAGAGUGUGGACAGGAUCCGCCGACUGGACGAAGAACAUGCGGCAAAACAGUACACGGCCAUCAUGUCUUGGCUUAGGGCUGAUGAAUCAGACCAGUUGGCCGUAUUCGAAUCCAUCUCAGCCGAAGGCAUAAAACAUCCCGGGACCUGCGGGUGGAUCUUGAAGACCCCAAAAGUGAGCUCAUGGCUCAAGAAGAGAAGAGAGACCGCAAUGCUGUGGUUACAGGGUAGUCCCGGCACCGGAAAAAGCGUCAUGUCCGCCCAGCUGAUUAACUACAUGAAGGCGGCCAAAAUGUUCGUCAUUCACCACUUCUGCACUCACUCAUACCCAUCUUCGACCUCGUACGACCAGAUCCUGAGAUCCUUGCUCCUGCAGCUGUUGCGCAAGGACGGUGACUUGGUUGCGCACGUCUACAACGAGUGCGUCCUAGAAAGAAAGUCGCCCACCCUAUCCACGCUAGAGCACCUACUACAAGUCCUUCUGGCUAGUCUGUCGAGUGAACCAUGCCAGGCUGAACACAUCUGGCUCCUGCUCGACGGCUUGGACGAGUGCGACGCUGACAAACAAGCGCGGGUUUUGAGCCUCCUAAAUCAAGUGGCUUCCAAGUUCUCUUCUUCGGACUCUACUAUCUGUAAAGUCCUCGUCUCGAGCCGCCCAACGAGCAUUCUGGCAAAGCGCCUCGGCAAAAAGCAAACACUCUCAUUUACCGACGAGAAGCCGGCUGUAGAAGAGGCCAUCAGGCAAUACGCGUCACAGAGAUUGCACUCGCUUCACCAAAGGUUCUCACAACUGGACAUUGGAGCUGACGAAUUGGGGGAUAUUGAGCAUCGGGUCGCCCGAAAGGCAGAUGGCAUGUUUCUUUAUGCACGGCUGGUUCUCGACUACCUUGCAACAAAUAUUUUCUACAACGGCGAGGAAGUCAGGACGUCUAUCAACCACUUACCAAACAAACUCACAGACUUCUACCGGAGGAUUCUCACCCAAAUACUUGCCCCCCUUGACCACCGUUCCGUGGAACGAAUAAAGUGUAUCUUUGGAUGGGUUGCUUUUUCAAAACGACCCCUGAAGAAGCUCGAGUUCCUGUCCGCUGUUUCGUUCAGCCCCGGGGACCCAAGCAUCACCCACCUUGCCCCUCAGUACAUCCUAGACAUCUGUGAACCCCUAGUGGAAGAGCGGCGGGACGGAACAUUGGCGUUUAUCCAUGUUUCUGUGAAAGACUUUGUUCAAACCUCGAGCAGUAACCUGGUCAUUCGCGAAGAAGAAGUGGUUCAGCAAAACACAACAGCCGUACUGGCUUGCCUCAUCUCCGGACUGGACGUGUUCAACGAAGGAUAUCCUGAAGAUUUGAAGACCUCCCGGGUGAUAAGGGGGUUACAUGGUCUCCAUACCUACGCCACCGAGUUCUGGACUGAAUACCUUCUCUCUGAAGCCAGCAGGCAUGGCGGCAUAAGCUCGGACAUUAAAGCUUUCCGCCUCGCAAUCCAGUUAACGAACAAGCUUGAGAGCAUGGCGCCAUGCAAUGUUCAGAGAAGCGAUUCAAACCCAAGUUCUUCCGACGAGCGGCUGUUGCUCCUUGGACAACACGAAACGUUGCACAAGCAUGUCGAACGGAGCUUGAAGUCCAGGACUAUUGAACAGCUCGAGCGUGAGCUUCAAGACAACCAGAGUGAUACACCACAGCCUAAUUCCCCUGAAGGCAUCUUGACAAUGCUCACGGCAUACCAACAGUGUGUCAGGUGCAUACUCGGUCAACACGACUUCCCAGGCGUCUCAGCCGAGGAGCUGGAGCUUUUCAAGAGGCAGUUCCACACGUCCGCGUUCACCUGUCGUCUCAAGUCCUGCCCACGAGCAACUAUGGGGUUUGAUUCCGUACAACUCCUGCAAGAGCACGAGAUUUCACACGUCUGUCGGCCCAGAUGCGAUUUUCCGGGUUGCCAAUACCCUCCCUUUUCCUCUGCGCAGGCUCUAAGAAGGCAUGAGCAGAGGUUUCAUCAGCAAGAUGCGACUCCGAGGCCCAUCCGCCGAGUCGGAAAUUUCGGGCGGAGCAAAUCUACCAAGUUGCUCCAACAGAUGACAGACAGGGAGGCGGAGCGGAAACGGGAGUUGGGCCACAAAAGAAACAACAUAACCACGGGCGACGACACGCUUAGUACUCGGAAGAACGACUUGCAAACAAACCCGGGAGUUUUAUCGCCGUUACUGUCACCUCCACGACCGCCGGCGUCAUUGCCGUUGAUCCUCGGGGAUUCGGGAUCACCGUCAGUGCCGCGGUCGCCAGAACGGAUGAUACAAGUCUUUCGGGAAGCUCAGGCGCGGGAUCAAGCCGUUUUGUCACCGAGUGAGGCUGAGUGGGACGCUAGGGUGGGAGCCCAGGCUCGAGCUCGGGCUCAGGCUUAUAUCCAGGCUCAAGAAGCUCGCGAGCAGGCUCAGGCUCGGAUUCAGGCAGCUCUGGAGAAGGCACAGACACACAUACAAACUGUCGAAGAAAGUCAGGCGCAGGCACGGGCUCAUGCGGCUCGGGAGCAGGCUCAGGCGCAAGCUGAGCGGGACGCUCGGGAGCAGGCUUGGACGCAAUCUAUGUGGGAAGCGUGGGAAUUUAAGUGGGGAGCUGAGAUGCACAACUCAGAAUAGGUGCCUACCUACCUAGGUACUAGGGGGUAUGUCAGCUCUAAGCCAAGUAUUAAAGCGUACAAAUACCAUUUACUGCGUUUACAAAUGGC